AAUCAAGGUCGGUGAUCACCUGUUCAACGAUGACAUUUUUAUGUGUCCCGUUAAAAUUGUCUACUGAAGUUGACGUAAUAACACCACUAAAAAAGUUCAUAACUGGGAAGUUUGGAGAAGCUGUUGCUAUGCAGUGUAUUGAAUCCCUAAAAAAGUUCAGUGUGCUUCGCUACGACGCCUGUUUUGGACGCAAUGAAGAUCUAGGCAGUCGAAUUCAGUCACUUGCGUUAUAUCAUAAUGUAUUAUGGAGUUUAGAAAAGCGACUCAAUACAUCAGAAGAUCUAGGUAUCCAUUGGAAUUGGAGUGAUAUAUGGCACAAAAAUUAUUCAAAACACUACUCUUUUAACUUCGAGCAGGCGAAUAUAAUCUUUUGUUAUGCUGCCGCUCACUCCAAUUUGGCUAAAACAUACGAUUUAAACUGUGAACAUUCGUUAUUGAAGGCUAUUUCGAGCUACAAGGUAGCUGCUGAGGCCUUCGAUUAUCUUGCAUCACAUACGGAGCAAUCCUCUAAUGAUAUGACUCAAGAGGUACUGUCUGUAUUCAGUGACGUUAUGAUUGCACAAGCGAAUGAAUGCAACUUUCUUCGACUUCGAAACGAUGAACCUGAAUAUCGACGAAUUGUCAACCACAUUAAUAAAUUGUACAAGAAGUGUUUGGAUUCGUUUUCUAUGAUUUCCAGUUGUCUUCAAGAUGAAGACAUCAUUAAAUCCGUACCAGAGGACUGGUAUCGUGUUAUUAAAACUAAACAGAAUUAUUACAGAAUUCUGGCUACUACUUAUUUGGGAGAUGAGAAGCUAAGGCGUAAAAGGGACACUAAGGAAUCUAGCACACUUCUAGUCUCUAAAUUCACACGUAGUCUUUCAUCUCGUCGUUGGUCUGAAACGUUUCAAACUGUUAAUGAGACUGAAAUAAGUGGUGAAUCUCAACCUGCUUCUGUUUUAACAAACGAUAUUAUAGCAAAAGAGAUGUUUCAAAUACCCUUACUUCCUUCUGAUUCAGGUGAUAUUUUUGAAAUGUUGGUCCCAUUUCCCGUCCUUGAAGCUCUUAUCAUAGCAAAUGAUACACGGACUGCAAUCAUCAAUUCAGAAUUUGCUAAAUUGAGGAAUGCUGAUACAAUUCUUGAAAGUGAAAUGAAUCAACACAAUUUUCCACGUUCAUUGGAACUCAGUGUAUUUGAACUGAUUUGCGAAGCAUUAUUAAAAGAAUCUGUCAAGGUUCAUCAAUCUGGUGGAGUAGAAAAUUUGAGACGUAAAGUUCAUUCACUGAAGCCAUUAGCUGGAGAACGCUUCAAAACUCUUGCAGAGAUAGAAGAAAUGCUACGUAAGGAGGAGAGCAAUGAUAUUGCUUUUAGAACUGGUUAUACCAAUAUUUUAUCUCGUGAACCAUCAGAGAAACUGAAUUCAUGUUUUCGUGAAAAAGUCGACAAAAUACGAUUAUCUGUUCAACUGGUUUCUGAAAAAGAUUACGAUGUGAUAGCAUUAUUUAAACAACAUGAAGUGAACUUUCAAUCAUUGGACAUGUCUAACAAUGAACUUUUAGUAUAUAUUCAAUCAAAUUUUGAACCUAAAGAAAUUGAAGUAAUAGAAGAAAUUGAAAAUUUACGUAAAGAUUUAAUUCGUAUAUGGGAUGAACUUAUUAUGAAUAAGCAUCAACGUGAUGAUGUAAUAAAAAUGUGGGAUUUAGUUUGUUUACCGCCAAAUUUUGUUCAUACUUUAACAAAAUGGUAUCGUACCCAAGGUGAAAUAAAUCAUAAUGAAGUGACAUCUAAGACAUUUCGUGAUAAAGUUGACGCUGCACGAAUAUGUGUCAAUCAAAAUUUGGAUGAACAACGAAAUUUAUUAUCUCAACUACGAAUUAAAUGUGAACCAUAUUUUAAUCAAAUUAUCAAAUAUCGACAGCAUAGUGUGAUAGCGAAUUUACAAGAAGCUUGUAAAUUAUUUUUAAGUAUACGUAAAGAUGUUGAGAAAAGUUUACAUUGGCAUUCGGAGUUCGAAAAAAUUUGCAAUGAAGAACUACAGUUGGUAAGUUCUUUUUAUCAUGUUUGAUAAUUAUAUUAUUUAUACAUAACAGCAACAACAGUAGUUAUCUUGCAUUAGAUAUUGGCAAUGACCGAACUAUCGAUUAACAUAAUUCUGUGUGUGGAGUUAACCUGUGACUGUUAUGCAAACCAUUCGAUCUGUAAUGAAGAGUAAUAAAAAUCUUUACUGAUGAAACAAUUCUUUAUGUAUGUUGAUAUAAUGAAACGAUGUGGUGGAAAUGGAGUUUUAAAAAAAAUACUGAAAUCUGUUAGUGAAUAUGACUCAUCAACGUAUGAGGUUGCUUACCGUUAUCAUUAAAACAUUAUUGAAACCUACAAUAUGGUUACUUGACUCUUUGUCGGAAAUAAAACAAAAUUGGAAGUUUCCUGUUCGAAAUCAAUCAGACAAGUGAAAUUUAUGAUAUGAAACUUUAAGUAAUAAUGCUUUAAAGUUCUUUACAAUGUUAUGGAACCCUAAUGUAAAAAUUAGAACACAUUAGCGAACAUUAAUGUUUUCAGUUAAAUCAUGAUCAAACUGUUGGCGGGAUACAGAUUGGAUUAAAGCAUGUUUCGUGCAGGAUUAUGUCGGGGCACGCUGAUUUACUAUUGCCUAACCAAUCAGUUCUAGUAGAUACUUGGAAAAGACUCUAGAAUCGUAAAUGCUAUAAAUAUACUAACUUUUUUCUUAUUGUGCUUCCCACUUGCAUCCAACCUUGUUGUUUGGAAUAUAAUUGCGUUCCUGUUCAACCGCCUUCUGAUUUGGUGACUUAUUGAGUGAAGUUGUGUCCAAGACUACUAAGCAAUAAGAGUAACUGGGUAGUUAAAAGCGAAAUCGCAACAGACUUUUAUCUAAUAUGCAGGAAUAUUUAAAUGCAUACAUGAAAAUAUUAAACCAGUUAAGUCAGUUUGUGAGUCAAUGCUCAUAAUGCAGUAGAUGGCACAACAAAUAACAGGUAAAAAGUACAAAUCGAUACAUAAGAAGAUAGGUGUACUAGUUUUGAUGAGAAAAUGAGAUAACCAAAGUUUUAAUCAGUAUUUCAGUACAAUAAGUAAGUCAAACUCGAGUAAAUAUUAAGAUAUUAUUAGUAUAGGGAUUUUGUGGAGAUUGUAGUAAUUUUCAUAGUUUAAAUCACGAACUGAUGUUAGCUAGUCCACCAUUGAGAACCCUGAAGUACUGGACCACCGUUUCGUCCUAGUAUGGGACUUUUUGCAAGUGCGCAUCCACAACACUGAUUAUGGAAAUCAAACCAAAGGACUUCAGUCUUGCUCGCUGACGCUUGACCUUUAGACCACUGAACCGGCAUGAUUUCAAUAAAAUUCAACCCCAUACUGAACAUUACGCUAGUGUUGAUAAUUCUUGUUUCAUCGAAAAAUUUCAAGUCCUUCGGUUCAUUGAUUUGUAUAUCACAGUUAUGUACAUUUUGAAUGAAAGUCCUCUCAUAUUUAAAUGAUUAGAGUUGUUUGUACAUUUAUUACAGUUGAUUUCACAUAUCACAAGUUAAUAAGUAUGACAAACAGCUAACAAAUUAGUUAGACCGAAAUCCAAUAUCUCAUCAAGAUCUUGAUUUCGUGUCAAGUCUUGAGGUACAAUGAUAACUACAGCGAUUUUUUUGAUGUAAUAUAAAUUAAUGAUCAAUUGGUCAUAAUGCAAACCUAAAACUAAGAUAUAAGCUCAUCAAAUUGACAGUUUCUUUCAUUCUUUAACUUUCUUGGAAAGUCAAACAGUUUUUUAGUUUGGUUAUUAUAAGUACUUUAUUAUGUUAAGUAUGCUACUAGAAAGUACCUAUGGGUGUUUCAUUAGACCUUAUCCAGAUUCAUCCCUAUCUAAAUAAAACAAAGAACGAUAUUUACUCAUCAUUAUUUAACCAUCUCUUUUCAUGAAGUUUCUGUUAAUAAUUAUUCUGCUGUGUUUCUUCAAUGGUAUGGGAAUAUCGCAAGUAUUGUGUUAUGUAUGUUUUUUAGAGUGUAGACUGUAAAUACACAAUUAUUUAAUAUGCAUAAUUCUCAAUUUUCUUUAAAAUGUCCAAGUCACAUUUUGUUUCUUUGAUUCAAUGAUGUCAUUAUCAGUAGAGAUUAACGAUUAACAAACGAGUAGGUAAUCCAUUAUAUCUACGUAUAUAUUUUAAUGUAUCAAGAUACUGAACAAGAGAUGAUUACAUUUUACGCCUGUGUACAUUUUAGGUGAAUGAUUUCUGUUUGGCUCGUAGUGACGAAAUUAAUCAACUUAUAUCAGAAAAUGAACAAUGGGUAUCUGUAACCCAUGAUUCAGUAUCAAAAGAUUGAAUUUAUUCAUCACCGUUAUCAUCAUCAUCAUACCAAACUAGCAUUACACAAAAUUAUUUUCUGUUUUAACCUUUUCAUUUGAUUAACAUUGAAUAUUGCUCGGUUUUUUGUUUACAUUUGAUUCAUUCGUUUCAUAACUUUUCAAAAUACAUAAAUUCCCUAUCCCUUAUUAGGGAACAAUACACGGUGACGUCUAUCAUCAGCAUUAACACAAGACUUUUUUUUUGAUAACAUCAUCCAUGAAUGAAUAUUAACUGCGUCAUCAUCAGCCAUCAUUGUCCAAAGAGACUUAAGCGGUCAGUUUGUCUUAUAUUGUUAUUUCAUUUACGAUUAUAUAUACAUUAAUUCAUCCCACCAGUGAUCAAUAAUUUUUUUUAUUAUAUAAUUUAAACUAAGUCAUUAUUUGUCAUAUAUAUUUGCCAACAUUAUGAAACAGAUUUUUUUUCCUUUCUAGUUUAAACUAAUUUUGAUCGAAAUGGCUAACUUAUAUUUUCACUUUUUUUCUAAGUUUGAGUACAUUGUUUUGUGCAUUGACUAAUAAAUUUAUAUUUAUACAGUUUCUCAUUUAUUCAAAUCAAACACUCUAUAUUGAAUAGAUAAUUCUAUUAAUGGACCAAAUUAACAAAAGACUGGUUGGGUUGCAUAUAUGUAUUAAUUUCGAAGUAGUAUCGAAACAAAUGUAUUGUCAUAAUCAGAAAACAAUAUGUUAAGGAAUAUAGUAUUGUCAUAUCAUAAUCGUUUUACGAUACUAUAUUGAUCUGAAAGGUAGGUGCCCUUGUAUUCAAAGCACUACCUCGAAUUCAGAAGAAAGUGAUUAGUGAGUUCUUGAAUGUUUUGGUUUGGUUAUAAAUACAUAAUCGGUCAUUUAAAUAAACUAAUUGUAACUGACUAUCAGAACAUCUUUACCAAACCCCUCUGAGCUAGAAUUUUGUAUGAGAGUUUGUGAUAUUACCCGGAUGUUCUAAGUCGAAGUGCAGAAUGGUUUUAACUUGCGACCCAUCGAUUAAAAGUCCAGUGCCUAAAACACUUAGACAUCGUUCAACAUCAGCCAUUUAUUUAAACAUCUAUUGAUGCAGGUCUAUCUACUGCAGAAAAAGGUUCUUUACUUAAAAUCACUGAAAUCAUUAGAUGCAAAUCUACUGAAUUAUUUUGUAUAAAAAUGUAUUUUUGAAAAGUUUAUAACUAUUCUAAAUGCUCUAUCGUACUAAGCACGUAGUAGUUUACAUCUAAUAACCUUAACAAUUCUGAAAUUUACAUGCAAAAUAUUGAGCUUUUACUGAAAUAUCACGUAAAUGUUGGGUAACUGUGCAAUUUACUGUGGAUCAAUCAAGUAAUCUACAAAUCGACAGUACAAAUUUUACGCUGUUAAUAACAAAAAUUUAACUAAAUAGCCUUUGUGAUAAAAUCAAAAUGUUUUUGGUUGAAAGUGGUACGCUGAAAACCAGGGUUUAUAAAUAUAUAUUCCGAAGUACAAAUGAACAAAAUAAUCAGUUAACAGUUAUUGAAAUAAGGUCUUAUCACUGAAAACUCAUUUUUUGAUAUUAAGGUUUCCAGUUGUGUAUUUUAAACAUAAAAGUAGUAUAAAAAAUAAUCCAUUUAUGUGGGAAAUAAAUUAUGUUAUUCGCAAAGUAUUUGAGUCUAUUCAAACAACGUGAAUUAUUCUAUUAAAAAUAUUAAAAUUUUAUUUCAUUUAUUUGUCAAAAAAGUUUUGUGAUACUUAAAUAAUAAUUUGAUAGUUUUCAGUAAAAAAACUAGAUGAGAACAGGAUUUUGAUGGGAGUAUUUAGAUAAACCUUAGAGGUGUAGGCAUAGACUACUUAGCUUGUUUAUUUAUACCAACUUCUGAAUGUAUCUUAACAGCUAAUUUACAUCUGCUUUUUGAACACUAAUGAAAUUAUUAACUGCUUUAAUAUAUGUAUAUAUUUAUAUAUACCUGGUGAUAAAAAUGCGAAACUUAGACCCAUAGCAAUAAC